AUGGUUUUUCUUAACACCUCCAAAGAUGCCGUUGAUUGCUCUGAAUUUGGAAAUGGAUCCUGUCCCGCAAAUCUCCGGCCAGCAAGUGUUCGAGGAGCCAUUUAUAUAUUUAUCAGUGGAGUCAUCAUCAUCACAAUUUUGGGGAAUUUAGCGAUCAUAAUUUCAAUCUCCUGUUUCCGGCAACUUCACUCCCCGACUAACUUCCUCAUCCUUUCCAUGGCCGUCACUGACUUCCUGCUUGGCUUCUUCAUUAUGCCCUAUAGCAUGAUCAGAUCGGUGGAGAACUGCUGGUAUUUUGGGAUGACCUUCUGCAAGGUCCACUACAGCUUUGACCUGAUGCUUUGUUUGGUUUCUAUUUUCCACCUUUGCUCUGUCGCUGUCGAUCGUUUCUAUGCCAUCUGCUACCCUCUUCACUAUUCGUGCAAAAUUACCCUCCCUGUGAUUAGGCUGUUGAUUGUCCUUUGUUGGUCAGCGCCUGCUUCUUUUGCCUUUGGGCUGGUUUUCUCUGAAGCAUAUGCUUCCGGCAUCAAGGGUUAUGAGGUUUUAGUGGCGUGUUCCAGUUCUUGUCCAGUGAUGUUUAAUAAACUGUGGGGAAUUGUUGUGUUCUCAUUUGGCUUCUUCAUUCCUGGCACUGUGAUGAUUGGGAUUUAUGCCAAAAUCUUUGAUGUGUCCAAAAAACACCUGAAGGCCAUGAAAAGCGAGCCCAGAAGUUCAGGUGAUGAAAAACCAAGCCGGCUUUCCAGAAGCAAAGACAGGAAAGCUACUAAGACCUUGAGCAUUGUGAUGGGGUUUUUCCUCUUAUGUUGGUUUCCAUGUUUCAUCACAAUUUUAAUUGACCCUUUUAUUGGUUUUUCAACUCCCACUGUGUUAUUUGAUGCUUUAACUUGGUUUGGUUACCUCAACUCCAGUUGUAACCCAUUAAUAUAUGGCUUUUUUUACCCAUGGUUUCAAAAAGCACUUAGAUGUAUCCUCUUAGGAAAGACAUUCCGUCCACAUUUCUGCACUGCUAAUCUGUUUCUGGAAAAUCAAUAA